AGGCAAGAGAAAAAAAAGAAAGAAAAAAAAAGUAAAGAUCGCCCUAGAGAGAAAGACGUGACAACAAAGAGAGAGGAUGAAACAACGGCAGACGUAGCUCGCAACGAUACGGACCUUAAGGUCCGUCGACCAAUCGAGUCGCGGUCUGGCAACCGUCAAUCAGCGUUCGCGCGGGCGAACGUGUGCUUGUAUAUAGGUGGCCUGUCCGCGAAAUAUAGUAGCAGCCAUCUUAUAUUUUGUGUCGGAGAAAAACAAUUUGUCCCAUUACAAAUGUUUCGCGAUUGCCCGUGAAGCCGCUCGACCGGAGGGUAGGCGUGUGCGCUCGAAUGAGGCGCGACGUUUUUCGACCAUAGCCCGGACCACUACACUUAGCAAAGGUGGAUUGGUACGCAGGAUAUGAGCAGUUUGUCAAGCGCAACCUGACUCUGCUCCCCCAUCAGCAAAUUCACCCGCAGCCGCCGCCGCCGCCGCCGCACCAUCACCAUCACCAGCAGCAGCAGCAGCAACAACAGCAGCAGCAGCAGCAGGAGUUGCAGCCACAGCAGCUGGCUCAGCCGCAGCAGAGCGACAUAAUGACAUCUAUGUUCGACCAACAGAUUAAAAGCGAGCCGAUGGGCUUUUAUUCGGUUGCUUCUAGCCGUUCGGAUGGUUCUAAUUCUAUGGUUAAUUUAUCAGACGACAGGGAAGACCUUUCGCAACAGGAAGGCCACCUACAAUCUCAACAACAAAGUUCGUUGCAGCUGAGCCAACAGCAACAGAGUCAGCAACAGAAUCAGCAGCAGAGUCAACAGCAGUCGCAGCAGAGUCAACAACAGCAGAGUCAAAAUAUACAACCGGAUAGUCCUGGUCGUCAGUCCACCGGUCAGCAGACCGUUAAGGAAGCUACCAGAUCUAAACCCCAGCCUUGUAAAGUCUGUGGCAAGGUCUUGUCCUCCGCGUCCUCCUACUACGUACACAUGAAACUUCAUUCGGGCAACAAGCCGUACCACUGUACGGUGUGCGAAGCGAGCUUCUGUCGUAAGCCUUACUUGGAGGUACACAUGAGAACUCAUACGGGCGAACGGCCGUUUCAAUGCGAGCUCUGUUUGAAAAGGUUCACGCAAAAGAGCAGUUUGAAUACUCACAAGCGCGUGCAUACGGGCGAACGGCCGUACGCCUGCGACAUCUGUCAGAAACGUUUCGCGGUAAAGAGCUACGUAACGGCGCAUCGUUGGAGUCACGUCGCGGAGAAGCCUUUGGUCUGUGACAGGUGUUCCCUGACGUUUACGUCGAAGAGUCAAUUCGCCAUACACAUUCGUACGCAUACCGCGGGUACGACUUACGAAUGUGGGAUUUGCGGGCGUACGUUUGUACGAGACAGCUACUUGAUAAGGCAUCAAAAUCGGGUUCAUCGCGAUAUGAGUCAGAGCGGCUCGAAUCACAAUCCGUCGACGCCACAGAGCACCGCAGGCGGCGCCUCAGGGACCGGCUUUGAAAGUCCGGUCUGCGAUCUGCGUUACAACGAGGGACCAUCGUCGUUGGACGGUCUACCCGGUGGGAAGGGUGGUGGUAUCGCCGCUGAGAUCGCGAGCCUAGCCAAGCAAAACAAUCUACAGCUUCCUCUACCGUUACUGCAUCCGCAGACAACCAACUAGUGUUUAGACGGCAGCGCGUCACGAUCCCUGCCGCAAUCCCUGUCGCAGCAACGAUCACCGUCGUCGCAGCAAGUAGUAUGUCCACCCACCUCGGCUACCACGCCGUUCACACUUCAUUCACGCGAGCACGCCGUCACCGCCACUACUACCACACCAUCACCACCACCACCACCACUACCACCACCACCAUCACAACCUCCACCACAACCACCACCACCACCACCACCACCACCACGACCACCACCACCACCACCACCACCACCACCACCACUAUCAUCAACGCAGAGUGUCUACCAAACGACGGGCUCCUCCUCGGCUUCUCCUAUGGGUAGCCCUAAUUCCCAACUCUAUCCUCACUUGUCGAACCCCAUUGAUUCGCCGGAGUCUCAUCAUCGAGCUCAUCAUCAAUCGCAUCGUGGCAUUCCUCCGCCAGGGCUUCACCCUGCGCUAUAUCUAUACGCUCAGUACUCCAAUUCGACUCCCACGAUUUCCUCUUAUCCUGAGUACAGUCAUCGCAACGACUGAAUCGAUGAUUAUUAAACACUAGCAUCCGAUAUCGUGGAUCUUUUUAAAGAAACAGAAGUUGCGUCCUUCGAUCACGGUGCUGGACCACGGUGCCCUACGAACACUACAAAGUGCCUACGAAAAAAGCAUCUCCUUUCUGGAUCGUGAUGGAUGCUUGCUUUCAAAAAAAAAAAAGAAAAAAGAACCCUUUCGUCGUUAUACGAAAGGAUUUUUCUUAACUUCCCUUACGACCUUGACCUCUUAUAAUCCCUCCUACACUUUCUGCCUAUCCAUACACCUACCACUACCACUUCCAUCACCAACAAUCAACCUUCUAGCCGUGACCCAUGGCAUAAGGAAGA